CAUCAGGUGAUCGGGAUUGGGAGUAAAAAAAUCCUGAUUUGGGAUAAAACGCAAAUAAUUCCUAAUCAAAAUGUCGGGAAAAGAUAGAUUAGCGAUUUUCCCGUCUCGGGGUGCUCAAAUGUUAAUAAAAGGCCGUUUGGCUGGUGCUCAAAAAGGUCAUGGAUUAUUGAAAAAGAAAGCUGACGCUCUACAAGUUAGGUUUCGUAUGAUCCUGAGUAAAAUCAUCGAGACUAAAACUCUUAUGGGUGAGGUGAUGAAAGAAGCUGCAUUCUCUCUGGCAGAAGCUAAAUUCACUACUGGAGAUUUCAACCAAGUGGUCUUGCAGAAUGUCACUAAGGCUCAAAUCAAGAUCCGUUCCAAGAAAGACAAUGUUGCAGGUGUCACAUUACCCAUUUUUGAGUCUUACCAAGAUGGUUCUGACACAUACGAGUUGGCUGGUCUUGCUCGAGGUGGACAGCAGUUGGCCAAGCUGAAGAAGAACUUCCAGAGUGCUGUGAAGCUGCUUGUAGAGUUGGCAUCCCUGCAGACGUCUUUUGUCACUCUCGAUGAAGUAAUCAAGAUCACCAACAGGCGUGUCAAUGCUAUUGAGCAUGUGAUAAUUCCGCGACUGGAACGCACUCUCGCGUACAUCAUCUCCGAGUUGGACGAGUUGGAGCGUGAGGAGUUCUACCGGCUGAAGAAGAUUCAAGACAAAAAGAAGAUUAUCAAAGACAAGGCAGAAGCGAAGAAAGCGGCCGAUAAACUGCUCGAGAGCGGGAAAGAAUUGCGCGAUAUUGUCAACCUCCUUGAUGAGGGAGAUGAGGACCUCCUCUUCUAAAUACACAUCUAGCGCGCGCGUUCCUACGUACCGGGAAAAAAGCUGCUCUCAAAGCGGCAGGUGUUGAUAUGCACGACGCAUCCAACCUCCUGGACGACACUGAAAACGACAUCCUGUUCUAAUCAUGCGCCUAUAGUAUUAUAACCUAGCCGUUUGUAGUAGUGUUGCAGCAAUAGUUUAGACUAUCGACAAUAUCGAUAUUUUUAGUAGCCUAGUUACAAUAUAAUAAAAAUAUCGAUGAUAUCAAGUUUAAAAAAGGCUCGAUAGUUUUCAAUCGAUAUUAUUGUUAACGAUAGUCUUGACUAAUGCCGUCACACUAGUUUGUAGUCGUGCAGUAUAUGCCUCCGGUUGCUAAAUGCAGUGACUAUAAAGAUACCAUUAUGUGUAUGGUAACGCCUUUGGAAUACUUUUGUUUUCAGCACUCCUGUUGACAGUAAUUUUAGCUUGUUAAUCAAUUAUGAACUUCAAAAGAUUUUCUGUUUACAAAUAUCUGCAAGUUGCGAAAUUAAAUCCAAUGUGGGAUGUAUGGAAAAAAUCCUUGGUCAUUAAAAGUGUUGUCACUUUGCAAACAUCGGUUAUAAGUCGUUAUUAUUAGUUCAAUUUUUUUUUCGGAGUUAUCAAUGUCCUGUUCACAUAAUAUGAAAUUAAGGUCAUCAUUAUUAAUACGUACAGUGUAUAGAUAUUGACUGCAUAAAGUAGGUGUUACAGUGUUCAUUACUUUGUAAAUACAGUGUUGUUGUCGUAUUUGGAUGUUCACAAAAUGCGCUUGAAUAUUGUACCUCAUUACGUCGUAAUACGGUUCGAAGUGCAAUGGUAUUUAAUGGAGUAUUUUUAAACAGACGCAAAGUCUGGCGCUUAGAGUUGUUGUAUGUAAGCAUUCCACCACUAUUAACCCUUUCCAAUUUAAGCAGUUUUUUUUAUUGCAAUGACCUAAUGAUGCGUAAGUUCUGUAAUAAGUACACAAGUAAUGUUAUAUAGUUUUUGGAUUUGUUGUUUCGUAUAUAUAACAAUAUAAUUUAAGUGAGCAUCAUGUAAAUACAAAUUUAUGAACGAAAUAUUAAAUAUUAUUAUUAUUGGA